AAAUGACACGAACUUUCCUUAUGGUUUCGCGUUUUCCUCAGAAACCUCCCCUCUCUUUCACAUUCAAAAACGCUGACUCCAGCCCCAUUUUUAACUCCAGUCAUAUCAAAUCAGUCAAAAUUUUGAAUUUUCUCCUCUGUCUCUUCGCUCUGAUUCAUCUCUGUUCUAAUGGCGGAUCGUGGAUCUUACCCCUCCGGUGCUCGCUUAGAUUUUCAGCAAAUACAGAUGGAAGCCCAGUAUAGAUGGUUGCGGCCUGCUGAAAUUUCCGAAAUUCUUUGGAAUUAUCAGAAGUUUCAUAUUGCAUCUGAGCCUCCUAACAGGCCUUCAAGUGGUUCACUUUUUCUUUUUGAUCGAAAGGUUUUGAGAUACUUUAGGAAGGAUGGACAUAAUUGGCGGAAGAAAAAAGAUGGAAAAACUGUUAAGGAGGCUCAUGAGAAAUUGAAGGUUGGAAGCGUUGAUGUAUUACAUUGCUAUUAUGCCCAUGGAGAAGAGAAUGAAAAUUUUCAAAGGCGCUGUUAUUGGUUGCUUGAACAGGAUAUGAUGCACAUAGUUUUUGUCCACUAUUUGGAAGUUAAGGGUAAUAAAAUGAAUGUUGGAGGCCUGAGUGAGAGUAAUGAAGUUAUAUCGAAUCUAGGAAAGGCCAGCCCUUUGACUUAUAGCUAUCCUGAAAAUCAUAGCAAAGCACCUUCAGGAUCAGGAAUUACAGAUUCCACUAGCCCAACCAGCACUCUGACAUCAUCAUGUGAAGAGGCUGAUUCUGGAGAUAGUUAUCAAGUGAGUUCUAGAUUCUCAAAACAUCUUCACUCUCCACAAAUGGGACAUGCACCUACUAUGGAUAAGAUGAAUUUUGGCCCCCUAAAUUCAUACAUUGCGCUUCCUAAGACAGACAGUCACGAAGGUCAGUCAUCAAUUCCUAUAGAUCAACUGCCCCGGGUUCUUGGAGACAGACCCAAAGAUAAUCUUGAUGGUACUUAUACAAUUGAGUCUCAAAGGACACUUGGUUUGGGAUCAUGGGAAGAGGUCUUGGAACAGUGCAGCAGGGGACUUGAUAGUGUGCCCUCUAAUGCUGGUACUGGAAUCAACUUUCAAAAAGACAAUCUGAUUCACGGUGAACUUUUAUCUGGCCAGAAUUCUGUCAAAACAGAGUACUCGAGUUCUGUUCCUGUCCAAUCAAAUUCUCAGAUUCCAUUUGCAGAUGAUUCCUUGCACUUGUCAAAUUGGAAUCUCUGUUCAAAUUUGGAUUUGGCAUAUGAUCCAGAUGUUGGGUUAUUUGAGGGAAAUGAAGCUUGUUUACAAAAUGCUCUUGAGGCAUUUCAUGGUCAUGUUGAUCAGCAAUGUGAACUGCCUAUACAGAACAAUCUUUUGCUUGGAGAUUUGGAAUCUCAAUGUUUGUCAAAAUCUAGUUAUGAAAAUGAAAUGCAUAGAGAACAUAGUAUCAAUCAUGCCUUUUCUAUAAAACAAAAGUUACUAAAUGGAGAAUGUGGCUUGGAAAAAGUUGACAGCUUCACACGGUGGGUAAAUAAAGAACUGGGUGAGGUAGAAGAUUUGAAUAUGCAAUCCUCCUCUGGUAUUUCAUGGACCUCUGUUGGGUGUGAAAAUGUUGUUGAAGAUUCUUCACUGAGCCUCUCUCUUGCCCAGGAUCAGCUCUUCAGCAUAACUGAUUUUUCACCUAAGUGGUCCUACACAGAUUUAGAAAUUGAGGUUCUGGUUAUUGGAACAUUUUUGAAGAGCCAACAAGAGGUAGCUAAAUGUAACUGGUCAUGCAUGUUUGGGGAAGUUGAGGUUCCUGCAGAAAUUUUGGCUGAUGGGGUUCUUUGUUGUCGUGCACCCCCUCACGGUGGGCAAGUUCCUUUUUAUGUAACGUGUUCCAACCGGCAAGCAUGUAGUGAAGUCCGAGAAUUUGAGUUUAAAAUGGGCUCCGUUAAAGAUGUAGUUAUUUCAGAUGUAUAUGGUUUUGCCACAGGUGAAAUGAUUCUUUGUCUUCAACUUGAGAAGCUCCUAUCUACAAGGUCAUUGAGUCUUCCAAAUUAUCUCUCUGAAAAAUCUUGUGAGAAACUGAAUAUAAUGGGUAAAAUCAUUUUUCUGAAAGAGGAAGAGGAACAGAUGGUGGAGCCAACCACAAAGAACUUGUCCCAACAUGGAAUGGAGCAAGUCCUUCAGAAGCAGAUGAAAAAGAAGUUGUAUUCCUGGCUCCUUCGUAAAGUAAUUGAAGAUGGUAAAGGACCUAGUGUUUUAGAUGAUGAGGGGCAAGGUGUAUUACACUUAUCAUCUGCUCUUGGUUAUGAUUGGGCCAUAAAGCCCACUAUCACUGCAGGAGUUAGUAUCAAUUUCCGGGAUGUGAAUGGAUGGACUUCCCUUCAUUGGGCUGCAUUUUGUGGCAGAGAGCAGACAGUUGCUGUACUUGUGUCAAUGGGCGCUGCUUCAGGAGCUCUGACCGAUCCCACCCCGGAAUUUCCUUUGUGUAGAACUCCUGCAGAUCUGGCUUCAGCAAAUGGACAUAAAGGAAUUUCUGGUUUUCUAGCAGAGUCUUCUUUGACCAGCCACCUCUCAUCCCUUACAGUGAAUGAUUCAACAGAAAAUGGUGCCUCUGAAGAUUCAAGGGCUCGAGCUGUGCAAACUGUGUCAGAGCGAACACCCACUCCUGUGAAUCAUGGUGAUGUAUCAGAUGCACUAUCACUGAAGGAUUCACUAACUGCAGUCUGUAAUGCUACACAGGCUGCUGAUCGUAUACAUCAAGUCUUCAGAAUGCAAUCAUUCCAGUGGAAGCAGUUAACUGAGUUUGGUAAUGACUUUGAUAUUUCGGAUGAGCAUGCUCUUUCGCUUGUAACAACUAAGACACUCAGACCUGUACACAGUGGGCAAGCCCAUGCUGCCGCCAUACAGAUUCAGAAGAAGUUUCGUGGUUGGAAGAAGAGAAAAGAGUUCCUGUUAAUUCGCCAAAGAAUUGUUAAAAUCCAGGCACAUGUGAGGGGACACCAGGUAAGGAAACAAUACAAAUCAAUUACCUGGUCAGUUGGAAUACUGGAGAAGGUCAUUUUACGCUGGAGACGAAAAGGAAGUGGUUUACGUGGAUUCAGACGAGACGCUCUCAGUAAGCAGUCUGAACCACAAUCUGAGUCCUUAGAAGACGACUAUGAUUUUCUCAAAGAGGGAAGAAAACAAACAGAAGAAAGGUUGCAAAAAGCACUUAGUAGGGUCAAGUCCAUGGUUCAGUAUCCUGAGGGACGAGCUCAGUACCGAAGGUUGCUGACUGUUGUUGAAGGUUUCCGUGCGGCCAAGGAGGGGUGUGAUAUGGAUUUAAGCGGCUCUGAGGAAAUGAUAUACGAUAUUGAUGAAGAUCUGGUUGGUAUCGACUCACUUGUUUAUGAUGAUACUCUCAUGCCCAUUGCAUCUGAUUGAGUGGCAGUGGCGGAGGCAGAGUUGCAGCUUUAUGAAGGUCCUAACUUCAUUCUGUCUGUAAAUAUAAUUAUGUGCUCAAUAUGGUUAUUAUUUUUAUAACGUUAGAUUAUUAUUUAAAGAGGAGGACAUGGUGAGAUAUACAUAUGAACAAUUAGUGCUUACUCCUAUAUUUAUUAUUUAUUGCUUUGGAUCUUGAA